UUAAAUAAGUUAGUCAAGCUGAAGGCAUUUUCCAAGGAAAAGUAAUUACUUGUAUAUAAUAACUCAAGGUUCCUUCAAAAAAAAAAAAAAAAAUAACUCAAGGUCAUUAUAUAUACAACUAAUGACCCACUAAUCCAUACAACUAAAGUUUGCAGAUCAAGUUGAUGAUGUUGACAAAGCACGCUUAAUUAUGUCACCAACCAAUGUUUAGACCAUAAUUUUCCACCUAAUCCCAUUUUUCCUAGCGCCGAAAUCAUGACGACAAACACAAGCAGUAUCAGUAGCCUCUCAAACUACAACCGUGAUAAAGAACUGCAAGAGUUUGACAACACCAAACUUGGUGUAAAAGGCCUGGUUGACUCAGGCAUAACACAAAUCCCUCGCAUCUUCCACCACCCACCAGAUACCUUGUUUCACCUCAGCAACACAGAUAGCAGUUCAGAACAGGAUCAGACGAUACCUUUUAUCGACCUCUUGAGUAGGCAACCAGAGAUUGUGCAGAGUAUCAGAGAUGCUUCAGCUAAGUUUGGAUUCUUUCAGGUGAUCAACCAUGGAAUUUCAGUCUGCCUCCUUGACCGCCUGCUCGACAAAAUCAAGGCCUUCCAUGAACUGCCACCUGAGCAGAAGAUCCCUCAUUACAGAAGAGAUACCACUACUUGCAGCAGUGGAGGAGUGGGAUUUUACUCUAACUUUGACUUGUUUCAAUCUGAUGCUGCCAGUUGGAGGGAUACUCUUGAGAUUCGGCUGGAACAAUUUGAUCCCAAAGCUCUCCCAGAAGUAUGCAGAGAGGAGGUGAUUGAAUGGGACAAGGAAGUAAAGCAGCUAGCGAAGAGACUCAUGCGAUUAUUGUCCGAAGGUUUGGGGUUAAUUACGAACAAAUUACUGGAGAUGUCCUGCAUCGAAAGAAGACUUAUGGUCGGCCAGUAUUAUCCACACUGUCCUGAGCCUAACAAGACAGUUGGGAUCACUGCACAUACAGAUCUUGAGACUUUGACGAUAUUGUUGCAGGAUCAAUGUGGAGGUUUGCAAGUUAACUGCCAUGGAAAAUGGAUUGAUGUGAAGCCAGUUCAAGGUGCUCUUGUUGUAUCCAUUGGUGACACGCUUCAGAUGAUAUGCAAUGACGAAUACAAGAGUGGAGAACAUCGUGUAUUUGCUAAUUGUUUAAGUGAACCAAGAGUGUCUGUUGCAGUCUUCUUUGAUCCAGGCAUCAGUGAAAUCGAGUAUGGACCUUUGCCCGAGUUAGUUUCACAGGAAAAACCUGCAUUGUAUCAACAGUUCAAAUUCUCCGAUGUUCUUUACAAGGGCUUGGAUACAGGGCUAGAAGGCGAGGGCAAGUACACAAUCAACUACUUUCGACUAUAAAUCUGUGUGUUUCACAGAGAACUAGAAACAUGUAAUUUAUUUUGAACAUUCUCUAUCCUGAGUACUUCAGACGCAAUUUUAAUCAUGCAAAAUUGCAUACUCAUGACUCAUCCCUACAAAAUAGUCAAUUCUUUGGGAUUUGUUUACUCCUUUAACCAAUACGCUAUGCCUUUUGAACAUACUUUAUAAAUCAAAGUUUUGUAAGAAAUUUCUAAGAAGGCAGCUUAUCCUUACACUAUUCCAAAUUGUACAUAAUAUUUCUUAAACAAUGGCCCCUAACAACUCCCUUCCCCCAAUCCCUUCCACAACACACACUAUCCAAGUCACAUUAUUGACAAAAAAAAAAAAAAAAAAAA